CCAUGGCCGUCAACCAUGCGAAAAUGUGUUGUUUACAAAAAUAUAACCCCUAAAUUAUGUUUUGAAAUUGAAAAAUUGUUUAUUAAAUAUGGUUAAGCGUGAAUUAAAAAACUCUGUUUCUGAGGAUGAGGCUGGAUCGGAUAUAGUUAAUGACAAUGGCAAGAGACUUGCCGAGCCUGCAAAUAAAGAUGGUCCGAAACGUCUUAAAACAAAGAGCCUGUAUCGCCAGCCAACAGCGAACGAGCUCAAUCGACUACAAGAAACAGAAAACUUGUUUAAUUCCAAUCUUUUCCGUCUCCAAGUCGAAGAGGUACUUCAAGAAGUCAGCGUUAAAGAGAAAACAGUGAAAAGAUUUCAGGAAUGGUAUAAUAAUUUAAAAACAUACCUCUUGUCCAUACCUGAGGAUACAACUAAGUAUGAUUUAACUGAGAAAUCUUUUGAAAAAUGUUUAAAAGUCAAACUACCUGUUAGCAAUGAAGUAAGAAAGACAAAAGUGGUGUUUCGAUUUCAUAAAUUUACUGAUGUUGGAAUUGUUGGUUCUUACACAUUAGGAUGUUCUAUCAACUCAAAAUUAAUAGUUGAUUUACAAAUCACAGUUCCAGCAGAGACUUUUACUAAGAAUGACUCAGUAAACUAUAAAUAUCAUCUUAAAAGAUCAGCAUACCUUGCUUACAUUGCUUCACAUAUAUCUAAACUUGAAUCAAUACAAGAAAUUAAAUACACAUACCUCAAUAAUUGCACCACCAAGCCUCUCAUUUAUAUUAAACCAAGUGGGAAGUUGGGUAAUAAUUUAUUGGUACAUGUGAAUAUAGUGUGUGAUGAUGAAACAUAUAAAUUACAUAGGUUUAGUCCGUCUCGCAAUAAUUUAAGAGAAUCAUGGCUAUUUUCAACAGAACAAGAAGGUACAGAAAUCGGACCACCUACACCUUAUUAUAACAGCAGCAUAUUGACGGACCUAACAGCUCUUGAAAAUCAGACAUUUCUAAACGAGACCCUAAUAAACAAGGAAAAUUUAAAACAAGCAAUAGUCCUGUUAAAGAUUUGGGUGCGACAGCGUAACUUGAAAGUGUCAGGUCAUGUCAUAAGCUUGCUAAUAGCUUAUCUGGUGCAAGCUAAGAGAAUCAAUAAUAUUAUGAGCAGCUAUCAGAUAGUGAGGAAUGUUUGGAUUUAUUUAAAAUCAUCAGAAUGGGAUAAAAACGGUAUAUCCCUGUAUAAAGGUCAAGGCACACCAUCUGUAGAAGAAUUCCAUACACAUUUUCCAAUAGUUUUCCUAGACAAGACCGGGUAUUAUAACACAUGCUGGCAGAUGUGUAAAGGCACUUAUUAUGCUUUGAGAAGGGAGAGUGGAUUAGCAGUUGAUAUGUUGGACAAUGGGAAGAUUAACAGCUUUAUACCGCUUUUCAUGACGCCUGUGACAGUUUUGAUGCAGUUUGACCAUAUAUUGAGGUUUAAGAAUCUUCCCAAGCUGAAGGAGUCCAUAUUAGAUAAAGCUCCCAAAUCACGUAAAGUUAACUACGGGCUGGACCAGUUAGCACUGGUUACUGACACUUUGUACAACUUGCUAAGUAAAGGCCUGGGAGAUAGAGUUGACUUGAUACUGCAGAUAGUGGAAGCUGAUUUCUCGUGGCCUGUCACUAAAACUGUAAAAAACGCAAGAAAAGAUGGUUACGUGGAAAAGCUCUCAUUUGGCUUGAUUCUGAACCCCGAGAACGCAAUAAAUAUCGUGGAUAAGGGCCCGCCCGCCAACUUACCCGAGGCUGAAGAGUUCAGGGCCUUCUGGGGCGACAAGUCGGAGCUGCGUCGGUUUCAAGACGGCUCCAUCACCGAGGCGUGCGUGUGGGACGCUAGCACUCUCGCGGAGCGGCGGUCAAUAAGUCGCCAGAUUGUAGAUUAUCUUCUACAUCUCAAGUAUGAUAUACCUGCAACGGAACUGUACCACAUCUGCUCACAACUAAACGACCUGACGGCGAGGAAGUCUGCGAACUGCCAGCAGAUGGAGGAGUCGGCGCUGUCAGUGCUGCAAGCGUUUGACGAGCUGAGGAGAGAUCUGCGCGCGUUGAGCCAGCUGCCUUUGGACAUUAGCGCUGUUUAUGGUAUAUCCCCGGUGUUCAGCUACUGCGAGCCGUUCCCAGCGCUGGGCUUAAACCUGGACCGCAACCCGCGGCGCCGCGCCCACGCCUCGCUGAUAAAGGAGCUACACAACACCAGGCUGCCCGAAUACACUCCGGUCAACAAAGCUAUCGUGGAGUUGAGUCACAGCGGCAAGUGGCCGGGCGACAUCGAGGCGUUCCGCUGCCUCAAGGCGGCCUUCCACGUGCAGAUAGCGGAGCGGCUCAACAAGCAGUUCUCGCUGCCCGCGCACGCCCACGACAGCCACGUGGACGUGCUCAAGAACGGCCUGGUGUUCCGCCUGCAGGUCGCGCACGCCAAGGAAGUCACGUUGCUGCGGAGAGACGUGCAGAGAGGCGUCGUGAAAUUCGCGGAGAGCGAGGACAGUGUCUCUCUGCAGUGCGAGACUGUGAUACUACCGCGGCUCAGAGGCGCUUUGCAUGGUCUCCACCAGAAGCAACCCGCGUUUGGGCCCACGGUGUGCCUGCUGCUGCGCUGGUUGAGCUGCCACCUGCUGGGUGACCACUGGCCGCGCAGUGUUGCGGAGCUGUUGGUGGCGGCGGUGUUCACUCACCACGCGCCGCUGCGGCCGCCCGCGCAGCCCGUGUCGGCUCUGUACCGGGUGCUGAAGCUACUUGGUAACACCGACUGGACCAGUCAGAUGUUGCUGCUGGACUUCAAUGACGACAUGUCGCGUGAAGAUAUAGCGGAAGUGGAGCGCAAGUUCAACUCGCGCGAAGACCAAACCCCCUACCUGUUCAUCGCGACUGCGUACGACGGAGACCUGCCGUCCGUGUGGAGCCGGAGAUCACCUACCAAGCAAGUGGUGUUGCGCACCCAGCAGAUAGCAAAGGCCACCUUGGCUUACCUUGAGAAAGCCCUGUUGGAGGAUAUGGAAGAUAAUAUUUUGCCUGCCUUCGUGCCGUCGCUGUCGGGGUACGACGUGUUGCUCCGCCUGCAGAGGGGGCUGGUGCCGCACUGCUCGGAGCGCCUGGACUCCCGGCCGCGCCGCCCGCGCGCGGAGCCCCCGCCCGAGGGUGCGCCGCCCGUCAUACCCGUGGUGGAGUUCCACCCCGUCGACAGAUACUUGGAGGAGUUGAGGAGUGCGUACAGCGAGUUCGCAUUAUUCUUCCACGACCGCUACGGCGGGGAUGUAAUUGCUGUUCUGUGGAAACCAGACAUCCAGGAAUUGAAAGAUUUCCAGAUUUUAAACGCCAAGGCGCUCAAACAAAUAACAGUUGACGGCGAGACGAAAUACAAAGUGAACAUUGAAGCGAUCAUCGAAGACUUUAGGAUAAUAGGAACGGGACUUGUGAAGGAAGUCACCAUAAAUUCUAAAUAAACGACGGCCACCAAUGCCUAAUAAAUAAUUGAAGAUGGCCACAUCUGAUAUACAAUAGGCAAUCGGACAAUCAAAAACAUCUAAAAUGUGUUUAUACAACGUGUAUAUGAAAACCGAAAUAAAAUAAUAAAAUAAAAUAAAAUAUCUUUAUUUUCAAAAAGAUUAAAAAAAUCAAUUGCUAGUGGUCUCCACACUAGGUAUCCUGUAUCGUGGAGACCAUGAAAGACUUCGCUUUUAG